ACAAAAACAGCUGGAAUGCCCCUCCCCUCUCUCAGCUCCUCAGUUCCUUCCCCUUUUGUUCCAUGUAAGAAAUCACUGGAGCCAGCAGCAGCAGGGAGAGGAUGGGAGAGAGAGCCUCUCUGCCAAGAGCAUGCCAACCCUCCAAGAAACCCAGGCAGCCUUUCCCGUCUCCCAGCCUCCUCUCUGCAAGCUGAGGAUCCCAGCCAGGCUGCCCUGAUGCUUUCCCUGCAGCAUCAGCAUCCUUUGAAUUACACAGAGACGUUUUUUUGAACAGCCUGCCUGCAUCUUGUCAGUUACCUCCAUUUCUCCUUGUGCCUGCUGGGAUGCAGCAAGCUCCAUCCGAAGGGAGUGGCAUUGGGCACCUGGCUGGGAUUACAGCGCCUUCUGGGCCGCGGAUUGGGGGGUCCGCUCGGGGCCUAAAGCAGGGCGAAGAAGCCUGAUCCACCCCCCCCCCCCCAGCCCUCCUUCUGCAAAGCUGCUCGAUGGGGAGAGAGAAAAGUCUUUGAAGAUGGAGGAAGAGGUCCUUCACCUACAUGCCUGACACUGUGACGCCACGCAUCCUGUCAGAGAGUCCCUUGUAGCUUCAGCCACAGAUCCAGGUCACCAUGCUAAAGCCAAGUGGACUCAAAAUCCCCGGCCGAACUGGGAAACACUCCAGUCCCGUGGGACGGCCCAGUGGGACAGCGACCACUGCAGCUCCCACGGCUCCCACUGCUACGAAAGAAGGUUCGCCAUUGCACAAACAAGGUUCCACCACUACAGCUGCUCCUGAGAAGCCCGCAGCGUCAAAGGUCGCUGAGGUGGGCGAUGACUUCCUUGGAGACUUUGUGAUAGGCGAACGCGUCUGGGUGAAUGGAGUGAAGCCAGGAGUGAUCCAGUAUUUGGGAGAGACCCAGUUUGCCCCCGGACAAUGGGCAGGGGUAGUUCUGGAUGACCCAGUCGGGAAGAAUGAUGGCUCCGUGGGUGGCGUGCGCUACUUUGAGUGCCAGCCGCUGCAGGGGAUUUUCACACGGCCUUCCAAGCUGACCCGUCAGCCCACCGCGGAGGGCUCGGGGAGCGACACCCACUCCGUGGAGUCCCUGACCGCCCAGAACUUGUCUCUCCACUCGGGGACGUCCACACCGCCUCUCUCCACCCGUGUCAUUCCGUUGAGAGAAAGCGUCCUCAACAGUACCAUGAAGACGGGGAACGAAUCCGGGUCGAACCUGUCAGACAGUGGGUCAGUGAAAAAAGGGGAUAAAGAUUUCCGUCUCGGAGACCGUGUCCUUGUGGGCGGAACAAAAACAGGUGUAGUGCGCUAUGUGGGGGAGACAGAUUUUGCCAAAGGAGAAUGGUGCGGUGUGGAACUGGACGAACCGUUGGGGAAGAACGACGGUGCCGUGGCUGGAACAAGAUAUUUUCAGUGCCCACCCAAGUUUGGCCUCUUUGCUCCCAUUCACAAGGUGAUCCGGAUUGGCUUCCCCUCCACCAGCCCUGCCAAAGCCAAGAAGAGCAAGAGGCUGGCCAUGGGGGUCUCAGCCCUGACCCACAGCCCCAGCAGUUCGUCCAUCAGCUCCGUCAGUUCUGUGGCCUCCUCAGUCGGGGGACGACCCAGCCGCAGCGGAUUACUGACGGAGACGUCUUCUCGCUACGCCCGGAAGAUCUCUGGCACAACAGCCCUGCAGGAGGCUCUGAAGGAAAAACAGCAGCACAUCGAGCAGUUGCUGGCCGAGCGGGACCUGGAGAGAGCUGAGGUUGCCAAGGCGACUAGUCGCAUCUGUGAAGUAGAGAAGGAAAUCGCCAUCCUGAAAGCACAGCAUGAGCAGUAUAUUGCUGAAGCAGAGGGGAAUUUGCAGCGAGCACGGACCCUCCUCGAUGGAGCACAGAAGGAGAAAUUUGAGUUGGUGAACCAGUUAGAAGAAGAGAAAAGGAAGGUCGAAGACCUCCAGUUUCGUGUGGAAGAAGAGUCCAUUACAAAGGGAGAUUUGGAGACUCAGACCCAGCUGGAGCAUGCCCGAAUACGGGAGCUCGAGCAGAGCCUCUUGUUUGAGAAGACGCAGGCUGAAAAGCUUCUCAAAGAGUUGGAGGAUGGCCGGUUGACCACAGUAGCAGAACAGUCCAGAAUCCUCCAACUAGAAGAAGAACUGAACAUAAGGAAGAGCGAAGUAGAGGAACUGAGGGAGUGUCUCAAGAACUCUCACCAACUGGAUUCUCCAGAUCACAGUCUGGGCCUGCAGACAGAAGCCCUCCGCUUACGAGACCAGCUCCUCUCCGCUAACAAAGAGCAUCAGAAAGAAAGCGUCCAGUUGAAGGAGAAGUAUGAGAAAACAUUGAAGAAACAUCAGCAGGAAGCUGAGAAACUGAAAGCGCUCAAUGAGAAGUACUCUCUGGAAAUCGUUGACCUCAAGCAGAAAGUUCAGCAAGCCACCAAUGAGAACAUGGGGAUGAUGGACAACUGGAAGUCCAAACUGGACACUUUAGCGUCUGAUCACCAGAAGUCCCUGGAGGAUCUCAAGGCUACCUUGAACACAGGUCCUGACUCCCAGCAGAAGGAGAUUGUGGAGCUGAAGGCCAUUGUGGAGAGCGUCAAGAUGGAGCACCAGUUGGAGCUCGAGAACCUCAAAGCCAAGCAUGACAUCGAGACUGCAGUUCACAUUAAGGAGAAGGAGAGCCUGAAGCUGAAGCUACGAGAAGCCAAGGACGAGCUCGAAGAAAGCGGCAACAACUGGAAGAUGCAACUGGAGACCAAAGCCAACCAACACCUCCUUGACCUUCAGGACUUGAAGGAGAAGUGUCGAGAUGCAGAUUUCCGAGUCCACGAACUGGAGAAGCUGCAUGGCGACUACAAGGAUCAAGCCCAAGCCAUCGGUUUCUUGAAAGAGCAGAUCUCUCUGGCUGAGAAAAAGAUGCAGGACUAUGAGACGUUGCAGAAAACCGAAGCCCAGAGCAAGCAAGAGAUCCAGAGGCUGCAGGAGAAAGUCCUGGUACUGGAGAACAAAUUGCAGUCUGCGGAGACUCUCCAUCCUUCUCAACAUGCAAAUAUGAUUGAGACGAAUGAUAUUUCAGAAGAAAAGAUCAAGAUGAAACAGAUGAUGGAAGAUCUCCAGGACCGGUUGAGCAAAAAGGACAAAGAGGUUUCGUCACUUGUCUCCCAGACGGACACUUUAAGGGCCCAAGUAAGUGCACUGGAAAAUAAAUGCAAAAGUACAGAGAAGAAGGCAGACAGUCUCUUUAAAGAGAAGAAGAGGCUGGAAUCAGAACUUGAAACAGUAUCCAAGAAGACCCACGAUGCUUCUGGACAGCUGGUCCUGAUCAGCCAGGAGCUCCUAAAAAAAGAAAGAAGCCUCAAUGAACUGCGUGCUUUGCUCUUGGAAGCCAACAGACAUUCGCCUGGGCCCGAGCGGGACUUGAGCCGCGAAGUACACAAAGCAGAAUGGAGGCUGAAGGAGCAGAAACUCAAAGACGACAUCAAAGGCCUGAGGGAGAAACUGAUUAUUUUGGAUAAAGAGAAAUCGGUAACGGACCAGAGGCGGUAUUCUCUGAUUGACCCUUCAUCAGAGUCGGAGGUUCUCCGGUUGCAGCACCGGCUGGUUAGCACCGAGGACGUCCUGCGGAAUGCCUUGGAGCAGGGACAGCAGAUGGAGAAGCUGAUGGAGGCUAUGAGGACUUCUCCUGAAAAAACUCAGACAAUUGGAAAUUCUGGCUCUGCAAAUGGGAUCCAUCAACAGGAUAAAUCUCACAAGCAGGAGGAGAAGCACUGAUGAAGGAGAAGAGAUCGGAGAGGACUGCACUACACUUGGAUCUGCUGCUGCUGAAAACGGGCCGGUACAAGAGAUGCCCUUCCCACUCCCAGCUGUGGCGCCACCAAAAGACCAUUUGCCGGGUGUUACUACUCUAAGAGCACAACUCUGUUUCUGGCGUACGUUCAUGGACGUGGACUGGGCAGCUCUUUCCCCCAGCGGUUCAGAUUUGCCAAGAUGGGCCUAGUUGCAGCAGCAGCACUACAGCGGUUGUGCCCUUGUUUUGAAUUUUCCCUCCAGUAUUGCCUUGAGCUUUUAGCAGCGUUCAGUGAUGAGGGUGAUAAGUCGAGUCAGCUUUACCUGACCACGUGGAUGCCUACGACUAUAUCGUACGACGUGAGAUGCCUCUUCGUUGAUCCUCCGGGACACUUGAGGCAUCUAAGAAAGUGGCAUGUGGCGUUUAAUUCCUCCCUCCUUCAGGGAAAGCACUCCCUUUCCUUUCUACGCUUGGUGGCGCCGCAAAGACUUUUGGUGUGGAGAUGUUGGCUGCGCAAACCAACUCCGUUCCUAGAUGUCUCACAGACACUGUGCAGAGGAAAAAGAGUCUUAAGACUUCUGAAUGUGUGGAUUCUCCUUAGUCCUAAUCAUAUAAUGUGUGACCGCAGAUUUUCAGGUGGACCUUUCUCUAACUUAUUUUAACUUAACUUAGUAACUGUUGAGUCAUGGGUUAUUUUGGAGUUUACAAAACGGCAGCGGAUUCUCUCUUGUCAGUGCCCAUAAAGAGACUCCCCUCUUUCUGAUCUGAAAUCUCUAACUCAUCCAUACCAAUGUCUAAAGAAACAGCAGAAAUGUGCGUCUUAUUGUGGUGGAGUUGUACGCCCAGAAAAGCUCUGAAGGUGUUUGGGAUCUUCUGUCUUUGUGAUUUUCAGUGAAUUCGCCAAGUUUGAAGUUACCUCAUAACUUAAUUUCUCUAACACAGAGAUUAAUCUCCAAAUAAGAAAGAACAUUUGAUUUUCUAGCAUACAAAUGACGGGGUUGAGUGCGUGUGUGUGUUUUCUUCUUUUUACAGGUACACAGAUUGGAGAGAAAUGUGUUUUUUUGGUGUGUACCCAAAAAUGCUUGCAUUUUCUGAAAGCAAGGUCAGUCUCAAAAGAGUUUUCCACACUGGGUUUUUUUUAAUGCGGCUUGGCUUGUUAACCGCAUCGGGAUUUUGCCUCCCUUUCAGACAAUAUUGUUUGGUAGUAGUUACUCUUGUCCCCCCCCUCCCCGAGUGUUUUUUCCCCUUGAAAAUAUAGGGAAAAUGGAAAGAAAAAGUAGGAGAGCAAUGACUAACAAAGGAUAUAGUCUUAAGGGAGGAGAAAAGCCAAUUUAGUUACGUCAGUCUGUAUCAAAACCUUGUGUGGAACACCCUUGAGUUUGGCACGGUUAAUCUGUGAAAUGGAGCUGGGUACAGAGUGAAAACUUGGAGAAGAGAUCUCUGAGAUAAAACUUUCUGUUUCGUAAUCAUGGCUGGGACCCAAUUAGUUUUUGAUGGACAUUUUGCACCCCCUGCUCGUAGUACAUUCUCCUGGUUGUUUAAGUUAGCCUGUUUUCUUAUUCUAAUUGAAACCUGGCAGAGGAACAACGGAAUGAGAUAACCGUUAACAACACUGCUAUUGAAAAUAAGAGAAACUCACUGCCAUUUCUUGCCAUGUCCAGAGGAGGCGGAAGAGAGCAAGAAGGUAGACAGGUGUAGGACAAGAGGAGUGAAAGCCCAUCCUGCAGUUUGAGCUAAUGUCAAUCUAAUGAUGCAGGCUCCGGCAAUGUAUGAAGAACACCUUUGGCUAUGACGAAGAAGGGCUCUUAGCAGGUUAGCUUCUGUCCAGGUUAACUUCAUUUCUGCUCACCCCAGGAAGCUUCGGCUUUCCUCCCCUGCACAGUUUUGCCUGUUGAAAGCGGCCACCUUUGUACCUGUUCUGCUUUUGUAUUCAGAGCUAGGAACAGCCAGCAGGGUGGGUCAGUUUUGACUAGCAAAAGAAUGCGAGGGUGGAAUCCUUUCUCCUCCUGGCAUUGCAGGGCUUGGUCAUACGCAGCUAUUGCUUUUUAAAAAGAUCUGAUCCCAGAUCCCCACAGCUCACCUAGUCAGAUGCUAUGUUCCACCCCCCCCCUUCUUUGCACAAACUAAUUUUAGUGUCCUGAGUGUGCGAUAGACCCCUAAAUGCAUUUUUAUGCUUGCUUUUUGUCUGUGUGCGUGCGUGCCUGUAUCCCUAAUUCGGCUUUAGAUCCUAUAAUGCAAUUCUGUUGAGUUUUAAUUGGCUUCUAAGUUUCCUUACAUCUUUCUGAGAAAUGUUCCCUGCCUUGCCCCAUGUUCUGGAUCUGCGACACUUUGAUGCCCCUGACGAGAAAGACCGACGGGGAGAAAGAAAUGGGAGUUCUCUCCAGCAGAUGUAGGUCUGGAGCUCUCUUUCUUUCUAGAAUAAAGCCUGAACAGUAGCUACAGUAUUGGUGUGGGUAUAGGGGAGAGAAUCCAGCUAUGUCUCCUUCUGCAUAUCUUGGCCACUUAUCAAAUCUCCACUAAACCUUUGCACGUCCUGACAUAUAAGCUAGGGAAAGAUCUGUACCAUUAUUGCUUAGUUACUUCAUGAUUAAAAAGGAAUUGGAUACACACG